GUUUAUAUAUGAUAUUUUUGCUCGAAAAUUUCCUCUUGAUUCAAGGACAAACGUUAUUUCAACGUAGUUUAACAAUUAUCGAUAUCACAGAUGAUUUUAUACAAGCAAAAUUUGAAGAAUCGGGGAGUCUAGUGAUAUAUAGACGUCUCUCAGGUCAUGGCCAGCAAUCGGGAGAAUUAAGCAAGGAGAAAUAACAUCUUGAACUUUUAUCGCAGACUACAUUUGAGGAAUUUCAAGUAGAUGAACGAUUUAAGAAAUUGAAACGCUCUUUCAAACUGGCUAUGUUGAGGAAGACACACAGUGAUGAUGGAGGGAUGUCUGUUGGGAUAAAUCAGUCUAGUAUCUCCAGCAUUAACGUAGAUAGUUUAGAUUCCAAUUGCGUGAUUCCAUCGUUGCAAACUUGUGCGAUUAAGAGCGAGAUCUUGGCUUCCAGUAAUAAUCUGAGAAACUUAGUCUUGACAAAGAGGAAUUAUAAGGCCAACCAAGGAAUAAUGACUACAUCCAGUGUCAAACAGGAUGAUUAUUUGGAUGAUCGACAUAUUAUGCCACCUCCAAGAAGGAACACAGUUUAUCGCACUCCCAAAGAAACACAGAACAAAGUCCCUACAUUGUCAAAUUAUGGAUCGGCAGCAUCAGAUUUGCUUCAUAGAUCAAUUCAGUCUUCUACAGUGAAUAAUUUAUCCUUGGAAAAUUCUCCUAGCUGUAUAUCCCAUGCAAGUCCCAGCUUUAUAUCUAAUACAGAUACUAACAAAGUAUAUAGUCAUUCUCUUGUUGCACCAAUGAAAUGUACCAAUGAUAUUCAUAUAAUUGAAAGAAUAUUUUUAAAGUGGAAAGUUAUGCUGAAUGACCAUUAUGAAUUAAUAAUUAAAGGAACAUUAGAAUGUGGAAAAGUUGCACGUAGCAAACCAGUCAUAAGAAGAUACUCUGCAACAUGUGUGGAAUCUAAAUAUAAACAUAUAUAUAGCCUUAAAGGAAAUAUUGUUGAUGAAAGAAAUGUAUUACCAGAUUAUAUUCGCGGAAAAUUUCAUAAUGGUUUUCCUGACGAUUGGGAGAAUGUUCAUCAAAUAUGGAGGACAUAUGUGAGCCAAGGAUGUCCAGUGACAUUUCGUUGGCCUACUCCUAUUACUGAUAGCGAUGAUGAUUUAAAAAGUGAAUUAACAGAAUUAACUUACAUACGCACAACAAAUAAUAAAACUAUACCUAUGAAAACUUAUAAUACAAUAGAAUGUAUUAAUUCUGAAAAUCCAAGUAACACAUCUUCAAAGAAUGAGGAAAAACGUAACUAUAGUCACAGUUUUCAAAGAUGCGAGGAAAACACUUUAUUUGUAAAACCUCUUGUCUCCAACUCCAAGAAAGAUAUAACUCCAAUUCCACAAACAAGAAACAUAGAGUUAGCACAUGAUGAAGAUAAACAAAAUAUUGAUUUGGAUGUGAACCCGCUUCUUCCAGAGAUCAGUUUCAUAGUAAUGAAUAAAUUAAAAGAUGUUAUCCGUGAAGAUAAACUACAUAUAAUUAUCAACAAUUUGGCGAACAAAAAUUGCUCUCCAAAGUAUAUUGACAAAAUUAUUGAGUUGUUUAAGUGUUCGGACUACAUAGUGUCUUAUAGAGCGAAAUCGGAAUGUAACGGUGACUCGGCGGUUUUCAUGAAUUGUGGAACGUCGUCCAAAUUCGAAACGAUUCCGCUGCAAUCAAGUCUCUCAUGCAAUGACAAUCCUACAAAUAUUAAUAAACUUGAGAAUCAUAUUAAUAUUAAUAAAUUUGAGAAUAAUAUAAUGGAGCAAUCGAAAAAUUAUAUGCCUUCCACUGAUCUGAGAUGUGGAAGUAUAAGAAAUGAUUGUAAUUCUAUUCAAUCAUCGAACUCAAUAAAUAUUAAGCAGCAGCAUGAUAAUAACAACGACUCGAAUGAAUCGGAGAGCGAGACUUACGGUGUACCCAAAAUAUCGGAGAUUGGUCGAAUUUUACAUGCUCAAAAAGCAUCCAAAAAAAUAUACAAGCAUAAAGUGAGGAAGAAACCGACAAACUCACAAUGCAACGCUAAAGAAAUCGAGCACAAGUUUACUCAUGCUGCGAAUCCUAUAACUAACAAUAAUAAGAGUGUUUCUGACGCAUCUGAUAUUAGUAUCACGGAAGAUGAAACAGAAGCGAGGAAACGUUAUGAAAGAAUGAAUAUUGCCCAAAAAUCACGAGAAGAUACUUUUUAUAGAUAUUCUGGAAUACGGAAGAAUAAUUUCGAUGUACAUGGUGCAAACAAACCUGUAAUGCAAAAUGAACAGUCACUCGAUACUUUGGAAGCACAAAGAGUUAAUUUUAAUGUUUUUGUAAAGGAACAAAAAGCUCCACACAGAGUUCAAGAAAAUGCGCAUUCACAAUUUGUUCCAGAUAUCGAUUACACUAUCAAUUCUGACAUUGAUGUAAGCACAAAUAAGCAGAAAAAAGACGAAAAUAUGAGAGGAUUGCAUUCUAAUCUGGAUCAAGAAAUUGUGAUCAAUAGCAAAAGUAAUAGUAACUUCGAAAAUCCUCCCGUUUUGCGAGAAUCACGUAGAGAAUUUAUCGAGCAACCAAAAAGCGAAACUGUGAGAGCCAAACCUAACAUAAUCAGUUCGAUGCCAGUAAAUCUGAAGUUAAGGAUAAAAAAAAUAGAUUCCAAGUUAGAACAGUUCAAGCGUGAACAAGCAGAACAAGCUUCAAACGUGAUUAUUGUAGAGAAUGAAGAGCACAAACAAUAUUCCAAUAUUCAACCAUCGGAAGAAAUUCAGAAGAAGAAAUCCAUAUCGAAACCAUCAACCCAAACGGUAGCCAAUGAUAAAAUAUGUUCGAUAACGAAUAAGGAAAAUGAAUCGAAUAUAAAUUCCACUAAUUUGAAACCGACGAUGAUGACGAAUCCAACAAUUGAACAGUCUAAAAACAAUGAGCUUAAAGUUGAAAAUAAUCGCAAAGUGUUAUGUUCGUGGGUACCUAAAGUAAUAUACUAUGCAAAAUCGAAAUUUGAGUUAGGCUUGAUCUUUGAAGGAAAAUUGCUCAAUGAAGCUGGGCAUGUUGUACAUAGAAAAUUUACAACGGAUAUUAUAUUGAAACGACUAUCGCCUAUGCUGAUUGAAACAGUGAAUCACGAAUUCUAUGAGCUUUCGGGACACUUAAAGGAUAAUAAAUAUGUUAUUCCGAAGGAACUUGCAAAACAAUGUCGUAAUGGAUGUCCUGCAAAUAUUGAACAAUUUUGUCUGACUUGGAAAAGGUUGCAAAACUGUAAAAUACAAGAAAUGAAUGAGAAACCUCAUAAUACAUCCAUGAAUUCGCUGAAUACAUUUAUUAGUUCUAGAGGUCGUAGAAUCAUACCUUCCUUAUCUUAUUGGACAGGUGAACGCAUAACUUUGAAAGAUAACAAUCUAGUUUAUAAUCCGGGCAGUUCACAGGAAUCAUCAUUACAAUCGUUAAUUGAAACUUCAAUAGAAGCAUUGGGUACAGAAGAAACAAAGAAACAGAAAGUAAAUUCCAAGAAUACAUCAAAGGAGCAAAAACUCUUGCCCAACUCGAAUGAGAUUCCUAGUACAAAUAAAAAUCGAACAAUCGUUAUUGAAACAAUUCAAGCUUCCAACAAGUCACCCAAGACUAAAGCUGCAAAUAGUACAAAAAGAUCGUACAAAUUGAAUAAAUCUCAGAAACCUCGAAUUAAACGACGUAUGAAACAAAAUUUGAUAUCAUCGACAGAUUCUAGCGAAGAAGAACAUAAAGUACCUCCGCCAAAGCGUGUGCACACUCAACUAAACACAGAAACGCCGUCGCAAUAUACGAUGACCUUGAGGAAACGGUAUGAUAGAGGCAUCCCCGAAUAAAGCCUCACGUAGGAAUACAUUUAUUCAAUGCAUUUUCA